CGUCCUCCCCUCCGUCCACUGCCCGCGCGCCGGUUACGUUCUCGCUUUCUCACCGCCUCCCUCUCAUGGCGUGACCUCGGGGCUACGGUAUCGCUAGACGCCUUCCUUGCGCCUAAUAUCGGAGGCAUUCCUACUCGUGUCUUAGGCAUCGUACCCAACCCACUCCAGUCGGACUCGAACAAUAUACCGCUGCUCAUCUCAUAUCACAACGCUAUCUUGCUCUGCCGCACUUGCUCGAAAUUGGAACUUGGUUGAUCAGACGGUAUGUCGCGUUUCGGGCCUGUGCACGAGGAGGAGGAUGAGAUCUUGGAUGGGGAAUAUGGAGAGACUUUCGUGGUGCGCAGAGAGGAGGACGAAGGGGAGGAUCCACCCUCUGAGUCUCCCCGGACUGCAUUGUUGUCUGGCAUAGAACAAAGCCGAGACAGCGUGAGUCUUGCGGAGCGGAACAGCCUGAGGCGACCCAGUAGGAGAGAGCGCGAUCGUCGCCGCAGUAGCACGUAUCGCGAGCUUCUCAAGCUGCUCGUUAGCGAAGACAUGGAGGUCAAGCAAUCUCGCAGGACUCUCGAGACCGCACUUGAAAGGCUUCAAGGCGAGACCCAACGUGCCCAGCUCGCUGAGCAGCGAGCCCUCGACCUGGCUGCACGGUUCAAGCAAGUGAACGACGCGAGGAUCAUUGCACAACGCGACGCAGACCGCUUGGCACAGGAGUUGCGACUGUACAGGGACCAACUGGACGUGGCGCAGAAGGAGCUGCUCAAGGGUGAAGAUCUCAUGAAGGAUCUAGAGGCCCAGAGAGAUGAUGCAGAGGCUGUCGCAGCUCGGGCACGAUCUACCGCGAGACGCUUGAGGGAACAGCAAUUGGUGACGCGGGCGCGAGAGGACGGGAGGCGCAUGGGCUACCAAGAAGGGUUGCAAAGAGGGUACGAAGAGGUGGGUAUGACACCCCCACCUCGUCUGGAUGCCCGUCUGCCUUCGGGUAGUAGAAUGGAAGGGGACAUGGACGACGAUGGCGACGAGACUGGGCGUGUUACGCCUUCAAGACAGUAUACGUCCGGUGUAUUGAACUUGCCCUCUCCCCCAACCGGUGCGAUCCCUCCGAAUCCACGGUCGGACGUAGAUACACUCGAUGAUCCUGGCCCUUCGCGCAGGCGACAUGCCGGAGACUACCCUGAUGCUGGUGUGCAAGGACAAUCUGGCCCCCAGUCAUGGCCGCCACCGCCGAACAUGGACGAGGAAGGCUUCACUCGACCAAUUCCAAUACGAACCGCGUCGCCGGCGCCACACCAUCCCAGCUACACUGUCCUACCAGACAACUACGUACCGUCCGUCGGCAGUGAUAACAACAUUUUACUUCCUCCACCUCAUGAAUUGUCCCGCCCCCCUCCGACUACUAGGCAAACGGACGAUACUAUGCGCGCGCCACCAACGUUGUCUCAAGGCGUAUCCCAAGAUUACGCCCACAGAAGACCUGCCUCUCCCAGAUCCAUGACGGAGUCGCUUCCGUCGACGACGAUGACCAUGUCCGACUUCGACCUUCUCAACGCACCUCGCACACGUCCAAGCGGCGGUCGAGAUCGUGGUCCCGUCCUCAGCGCGAUACCUGAGGCUGAGUUCAGCCCUCCUGCAUCUGAUGCUCGCGCGAGAGGCGGCACAAUGCCUGAACCUAUCACCUUCCCUGCACCGUCAUCGAGGCCUGGGUCUGGUUACUUGGGUAGCGACGCUGGAAGGCGUCCAGGGUCGCGGAGCUCGAGACGCGAUGACGUGUCUGCUGCUGGUAGUUCUCGGAGGAGAAACCCACCUAUCCAAGAUGAGCCGCCGGAGAACGUGAGGCACUCGAAUGCAAGUGUUGCAGAUUGGCUCGAGAAGCAAGCAUCCCCAGAGAGUCAUCCACGGGCUUCUCCCACCCCCGCUCAGCAUACCCGCUACCAACCAUACGUGACGGACGUGACGGAGGAAGAGAGGCUUCCUUCGCCUUAUGAGAGACCUCCUUCCUCAGCUACUGGGUCUGCGACGCGACACCACAGGUCCAGUCAUAGAAGAGGACACUCUUCGGACGAGUCGAUUGUGAUCAGCAUUCAGCUUCCAGUACGUCUUCAUCCGUUGUCUUAGCUGGUUUCUGAUGCACUGUGUCUCCUUUACAGUCUGG